GUAAGACUUACUGUUAUUAUCUUCGAAUUUGACCUUUUGAUUUGUCUAUAGCCAGUCAUUAAUCUCUUGUAGCUUGUUGCAACUCAAUCAACCACUUAACUUGUUUGGUGAUUACAUUUAUUAUGCAUAAUCAGCGACACUAUCCAUAUGUUACGAUCCCCCCUGGAGCGACUCCUCUACCCAACCUUAGCCCACUGCAGGCAUAUCAAGACGAAUUUGAACAUAAUGCGCCAUCCGGAGACCUCUUGAAUCCAUGGGACCAAACACCUACAACUCGACAUCCGAAUGGCAGACCAGGUGAACUUCGAUCACGCCCUCGUACUCGGAGUGCAUACGAGCCCUUACCACCCACCAUCUCCUUUCCUGAACCGGAGAUACAUCGAUUUGCUUCUCAACGAACGACCCUUCACCCGUAUUCACCACGCCACCGUCCCAGCAAGUCCGAUGACGGCCAUGGUUCUCUACCACCGAGCGGAGACCAUAGUACGCGGCCCUUCACUCCAGUAACACCCGACUCUGCUUCAUCCAUGCAUUACCCUCCUGAGGACGAUUGGGAAGCACCAGUAAACCAACUGACUCGAGAACUGUCCAAUGUUUCCCUAUAUUCUGAGGAAGGAUUAAGACUAUUCCAAGCCGGUCAUCAAUUAGCAGAGAAGGAUGAAGAAUGGCACCGGCUAGUUCCUCCUGAAGCCCAGGAAGCACUUGGCAAAAAAGAAGUUGAACGACAAUCAGUGCUGUUCGAGCUGUUCAAGUCGGAAAGGGACUAUGUGGAAGAUCUUAGACUUGUCACAGAGGUGGCAUCCACCGCUAUCAUGAUACAAACAUAUCCAGCUAAUUCUCUCCCGCAGGUUUUUAUCGAGCCUUUACAGUUCGCCAAACCUCCUGUCAUUGCUUCCGACAGGUUACGUCCCUUUGUCCAGGAAGUGUUUUGGAAUUUGGGUCAGAUCUCUGUGCACCAUGAGCGUAUGCUGGCUGCACUCUUUGAACGCCAAUUGGAUCAGCAUCCGCUGGUACAGAGCGUGACUGACAUUGUACUUGAAACCUGCUUUCAGUUCCAAGCAGAUUAUGAGUCCUAUAUCAAACACUACCCAAUCGCAGAAGAGCGGCAUCGCACUGAACUCAGUCGCAAUAAAAACUAUCAAGUGUUCAUACAAAAAUGUUCUCAAGAUCCUCGGAUGCGCAAGCGCGACAUGAUCACCUUCCUUUCCAGACCAGUGACUCGCCUCCCACGCCUGCAUUUGAUCCUUGAGCACAUUCAGAAGAUCACAGAACCAGGCCAUCCGGAUCUUGAAGAUCUGCCACUUCUCCUAAACAUUUUGAGCGACUUCCUGAAGAGCACACAACCUGGUAUUGCAGCCGCAGAGAACAGAGUAAAAUAUUGGAAUGUCUGUGAAAGUUUGACGAUGCCCAAGGGACAAAUAAUGGAUUUGGAUUGGUAUGACGACAGUCGGUCACUGGUGUACUCUGGCCCUGUAGCUCGAAGGUCCAAGUCCGAGAUGGAUUGGCACCCGUGGACUGAUCUGUUCGCCGUCUUACUCGACAACUAUCUGUUGCUCACUAAAGAGGAGAGAAGAACGGGAGGAAUCCUCAAGCGCUACGUUUCGUCUAGACCUAUACCCUUAGAAUAUCUCAAACUAGGAAGCUUCGAAGGACAGCCAGAAAGUAGGAGGGAGCGGUCUGAAGAAGGAGGGAUCUUGGACAGCUUGCGCGCACAAUACAAACCCAUCUAUCCGUUCACGAUUUAUCACUCCGCAGAUAAAUUGGAGCGGCGGUAUACUUUAUACGCGCCGACCGAAUCUGCGAGAGAAAAGUGGCGGAACGCUCUUGUUGAGACUAAGGGAAUAGACGACGUGCGUCGAGAUGCAAACAAGUGGUUUGCACCGCAACUCGUUGACGAUGGCUCCUUUCGAUCACCAGGAGCUUACACUCCCCGCGGCUUUGGAUCUAAAGCGUCAGGGAGGGUUGUCAACGCUGUGUCCUUUACUGCUGCCGGCGGCAAGAGGCUCAUGGCGGUUGGCUGCGCCACUGGAAUCUAUGUUGGUUUAAGAGGCGAUAUCAGCUUCCGCAAGAUAUUGUCAUAUGGCAAUCCUUCCUCUAUCAUAGUUUUACAGGAAUUCAAUAAGUUCAUCGUACAUCAUGAGAGCUAUUUGCUCUCCUAUUCCUUGGACAUUCUCGCUAGAGUCGCAAUGUACCAGGCCCCUGCAAGUAGCUUAGAUGCUUCAAUGGAGAAGAUUGCAGGGGAAGAUGGGACCGUCUUAUUUUGUACUGUAGGACGAAUAAAACAACGAAUGAUAGUUAUUUAUGCUCUUAAAUCAUUCUUUCAAAUCACAGUGCAUGCUUUGGAAGCCUGCAACCUUUCUGAGCUUCGACGAACACCAUCACGAGGAUCUCAGGGUACCAUAUCAUCGUUUAGACCGUUUGGCGAACCAUUGUAUGUACCAAAGGAUGCCUACUCCGUUAUGGCACUAGCCAAGAUGAUCGCUAUAAGUACAGAGAAGGGCAUCGUCAUCGCCGAUCCGACUGACGCAAGCAGGCAGAUGAUCCAGGUUGUCCCGGACUUCAGCGGAGCAACCUGCGAUAGUACAGACAUGGCCGACCUGAAGACUCGCUGUGAGGAUGCUAAGCCCCUCGGCUUAAUUCGGACUGAAACCCGCGAAAUAUUGGUCAUUUAUGACACUCUUGGAUGCUACAUAACGAAGCAGGGCGUCCCCCACCGGAAAUGCGGAUUCAUCCUCUGGGAGACGAAAGCUACGUCAUUUGCCCAUCGCGGGUCUCAUGUGAUGCUGUUCUCCCCUGAGUUUAUUGAAAUUCGGAGCAUUUCUACCGGUAGACUUGAUCAAGUCAUUGAAGGGAGCGACAUACGUUUAUUGAUGCACACGAACCUGAGAUCUCACUCGGUCGAUGAUCCAUUAUUCGUAGCGAUGCGUGGGACCAAGGACGACAAAGAUGGCGUCAGCGACAAGAUAAUAGAACUAGUUCGAACUGGGGAUUUCAACUCCACACAGACACCGAUGACACCCACGCCAGUGGACGGUCUGUGGGAUGAGUGGGACAUGUAAGCAAUCGGUGUACCAGAGGAAGCUAAUGCAUAAGUUAUGCUACGUAAACGUGUUUCGUUAGGUGUACUAUUUACAUGGCCAUGUAUUAUAAAUCACUAUUGCUUCGCU